CACUGCGAGGGAUCGGCGAGACAUCAAGAUGAAGGUUGCUGUAGUGCUGUGUUUCGCCGCCUCUUUGGCUGUCGCUGCGGCCCCGCCUCCCCCAGGUGGCUUCGGGGGAUUCAUGCCGUCGGCAGCGGGAGCCUUCGUCCCCUCGCCGGCCAUGAUCCAGGCCUUCGUCCCGACGCCCGAGCAGAUCAACGCCCUCAACGCCCUCCACACCACGCCCGCCCCGGGAGCCGCCCCCGCCCCUGCUGUCGCCCCCGGAGCUCCAACGGCGCCACCAACCAUGCCUCCCGCCGUCGCCAACCUGGUGAAGAAGUACCAGGCCGCCGCCGCUGCCUUCGCGCCGCCCGCCGCUGGAGCCGUCUGAGGACCCGUCCCGACCGCGGCCACGGGCGCGAGGAAGGGAAGGUGCUGGGCGCUCUCGUUUCGUUGAAUAACAGUAUCACGUGUGCUAGUCAUAUAAUAAAGUUGUCUGAAUUCAA